AGUAUCAACCUCUCUCUCUCUCUCUCUCUCUCUCGCUGUGAAGAAGAGACAUGGCCUGCUGCUCGCAGUUCACGAGCUCCACCACCACCACCACCACCACCGUAUCCGCCCGAGCCCAGGCGCAGCGUCCGCAGCGUCAUCUCCUCCUUCCUCCUCUCCUCCAGCCCAUCAGCAGGCCCCCGUCCUCGCGCUCGUCCCUCAAGCUCGUUGCUCCGCUGUCUAGCCGUAGAGACCAAACGACGCCGGCCGUCGCCAGGGCCUCGCCGGAGGACGAGCGGGGCGUCGUGCCGUCCGAUGGGGACGACGGCGAGGGAGUCUCUCUGGGUACCAUGAAGUUGCCCCCCGACACCGAUCUCCAGAGGUUCGAAACCCUGCUUUUCCAGUGGGCGAACAGUCUCUGUCAAGGCGCAAAUUUGCCCCUCCCAGUGCCUCUUAAGGUCGAUAAAAUUCCCGGAGGAGCAAGGCUAGGGUUCAUUACUAUUGGAGAUGGGCAAACUGAGGUCCUCGUGUACAUAGAUUGUCUGGUUUCCCCACCGACUGAUGGUUCAGUCCCGAUCUUCCGAGCCACAAGAAACGGACAGAUGAAGGAUCAAGCACCUCCUGGCGAGCUGAGAAUCAUGAGAAGUCUCCUUGCGGCCCUCAAGAAGUCGGUUGAAAUUGCCAGAUUGUAAAUGCCUUUAGUAAGAUUUCAUCUGCAGGAUCAGAAAUUU